AUGGGGAUUUUGGAAACAAAAUUGGAUAACUCGAAGCUUUCGAGAGUCAUGAGAAAUAAAUUUGGUGGUUUCAACUUUGCAAAUAAUUUCGCCUAUCAUGAUGCCGGGCAGAUUUUGAUUCUAUGGGAUUUCUUGAACGUUGAUUUGGAUGUGUUGGAGGCUACGACACAACUUAUUCAUUACUCUAUUACUUGCAAGGUAACUUCGCGUACCUUCUUUGUUAGUUUUGUUUAUGCAUUCAAUAUUAUUGUCCCCCGUAGGCCCCUUUGGCAUGAUCUUGAAGUUUUUGGCCUAAAUUGCUCUUCGCCAUGGUUGGUUCUUGGGGAUUUCAACAAUGUGCUUAAUUUUGAUGAAAAGAGUAAUGGGGCCGAUAUCACGCCUUAUGAGAUUAAAGAUUUUGAUAUGUGUUGCCAAAAUAUUGGACUUUCAGACUUGAGAUCGAUCGGGUGUUUCUCUACUUGGAAUAAUAAUUUCGUUUGGAGUAAACUUGAUCGUGCUAUGGUAAAUGAGGCAUGGAUGAUUGAGAGUUUUGAUAGUUUUGCUAACUUCGUCCCCCAGGGAUGCCUUUCCGAUCACUCCCCUUGUAUUGUCACUUUGUUUAGGAAAGUAGAAAGAAAGAGAAGGCCAUUUAAAUUCUUCAACAUGUGGACUCGGCAUGAUGAGUUCUUUGAUUUGGUGUCUCUUGGUUGGAGUAAAGUUUUUGUUGGCACCAAGCAAUUUUCUCUUUGCAAGAAACUUCAUAGCCUCAAAGGAUUGCUUAAGAAGAUGAAUGCCAAACAUUUUGCUCACAUUUCCUCUAGAGCCGAAAUUGUUCAUUUGAGAAAAGAGGCAAACACUCUUUGUGAAGCGGAAAGGAGUUUCUAUUAUCAAAAAGCAAAGUAUGUGCAUUUGAAGAAUAGUGACAAAUGUACCAAGUAUUUUCAUUCUUUGGCCAACAGAAAUGUCAAGAGGAAUUUCAUCCUGGCUAUACUUAUGAGAGACGGGUUUUAUUCUACCUCUCUUGAGGAGGUUGGCACCGAAUUCACACAUUUCUAUAAGAUCAAAGAAGCUCUUUUUAGCAUCGGGGAUGAUAAAGCCCCGGGGUCGGAUGGAUUUACUUCUUGUCUCUUCAAAAAAUCAUGGGACAUCAUUGGUAAUGAUUUCAUGGAUGCUAUUGAGGAAUUCUUUGUUUUGAGAUCUCUUCUCAAGCAAAUUAAUCACACCAUUUUAGCCUUGCCUAUGCUUGACUCUAUUGUGGACCAAGCUCAAUCCGCAUUUGUUGAGGGUCGGAGUAUGAUUGAAAAUAUUCACUUGGUACAAGAACUUUUGAGACAAUAUAACCAUAAGAGGGUUGUUCCACGGUGCCUCCUCAAAAUAGACCUUACUAACGCCUUUGAUUCGGUGAAUUGGGAGUCUCUUGAAGAAGUUCUUAAAGGGUUGGGGUUUCCCAAUAUCUUUGUUGAAUGGAUUAUAAAUGUGUGA